GAGACUGCCGUCACUGGAGUUGUAUUUGUGAUAUUUAUCGUUACCGCUUACCUAGCCUUUGUUGAAAAAAAGAUGUGUCUCCUCGUUGGACCCGCGGGUGUUGGGAAGACGCUACUUUUGAAGCGACUCCAAUUUUUGUCUGGAAAGGACAAACUGGGAGAUAUGGAGGAGGCACCAGCAACAAUUCCUACUGUCGGAACCAACCUUGUGAAUGUUCAGGUUGGCAAGAAGACGGAGUUGACAGUUCGAGAACUUGGCGGCAGUAUGGGACCAAUAUGGCACAGCUACUACAAGGACUGCAGACAACUAUUGUUUAUGGUAGAUGUGUCCAAUGCAGCCCAGCUGUCAGCCUCCACAAUCCAACUGCUGACAACAUUAACAGAUGACAGACUACAGGAUGUGUCAGUACUCAUCCUGCUCAACAAAGUGGACCUGCCAUCAUCCAUGACCCUCACAGAGCUGAAGAGUUUGAUGAGACUGGAUGACAUUGUCUGUCAUGCCAAACAGAAUGUCACAGUCCUAGAAAUAAGUGCCAGAGAGGGACAAGGUCUGGUAGAGACUAUAGCCUGGCUCAAGGACAAUAACAAGUAAAGGACUGUGGAUGUGAAUAUGUUUUGGUGUAUAAACUGUAUGCGCACAAGAGCUAAAUUUGAUUAUCACAUAGUAGGAUUUAUAUGUAAGUAUUCUCCUGGAUCAUAUGUGUAGAGCUGGUUCUCUUGAAACUUUAUUCUGAACACUUGCUGUUAAUACGACAUGUCUCGCAAUGACUUUGUUAUGCCAUACAUUUUAGUAUGUUCACCAUACUACCAAUCUUCUUUUUCAAGAAAUAGAAAAAAACAGUGAAAUAGAGUGUAAUAGCUGUUUGGUAUACAAUUGAAUAAAGGGACAUAGCCAUUACUGUCAUUAAUAAAAAAAAGUGUUGUUUUUA